AUGGUUCAGAACUGCAAUUCUUCAUACAUCUGGCUUGCUAUCUGGCAGGAAGAACAUCUGAAACCUGAGACAUCACUUGAUGAAGGCUUAGUGGAAAGUGCCAAGAGCUCCCUUCUCUUUGAAUUGAUUGAGAAAGAAGAGAACAUCAAUGGACUGAUCACUCUUUCUGUAUUGUCAAUGUUUCAGAAUCAAGAUGUAUUCUACAAUAGGAGGCUUGUGAAGAAAGUCAUGCACGUAGAAAUGGCAGAUCUACUCCGUGUAGGAAUGAAAUACCUCCUGCCUCUCUUUGACCCAACCAUAGUUCGCACUGCAGUAAUCUGUCAUCCCAGCAAAUGCCAUGAAUUGCAAGCUGCAUUUGGAAGACUUGAUGGAUACAAAUCCGAGAAUGAGAAGGUUGCAGAGGAUAAGUGUCCUGAUGCAUCUGAGUUGGCAGCCAUGGCUCCGAUCGAACAAGCAACUCUUCGCCCCAUCGUCUACUACGAGUUCCUCCAAGGACACUCUGCGAGAGCCGCCGCGGACAACAUCUGCGCUGCAUUCAAGGGCAACGUCGUCCACUAUUCCACGGUGUCUCGAUGGUUGAAACGCUUGGAAUCUGGCGACACGACCUUCGGAGAUCGACCACGCUCAGGACGUCCAUCUACACGCCUGGACAUUCCUCGUGAGAGCAUAGACGAGGAAGAAUAUUCUCCUGCUGAAGAUGGACUCAGAGGAGUUCGAGUCUCCUGUGUCGGCCCUUUAAGAAAAUCUAAAGAUGACCUGGACAUGGGUGUGAUAUUGGAGAACCUACCUGCUGAAACCAUACAAUUGGAUGUUUUCAAUUUCCUUCAGCCUGUCAUCAAACCUGGGAUGUUCAGUGCUCUCCCUCAGCUUCGACGACUGAACCUAUCUGGGAAUGGCAUUGAGGAAAUCAAAUCUGGAGCUCUCCAGAGCUUACAGUUGCUCAGAAAGUUGGACUUGUCAGGAAACCACAUCAGAAGUCUUUCUCAUGAUGUGUUCCAAGGCCUGUCUACCUUGAGCAAGAUAGACCUUGCUAACAACACACUCAAGCAUCUUGAGAAUGGAACAUUCAAUGGACUGCAGUUUCCUGUUCGAGUGAAUCUUGCCUUGAAUCAAAUGAUGUGUGAUUGCAACCUGGAGUGGCUUUUGCAAGGAGAUUUUGUUCGGUUGACCCCCACAUCUCUGUGCUACUCUCCACCCAACUUGAGGAAUUACCCAAUAAAGAAGCUCACUUCCAAGGAUCUCCUCUGUGACUGGAAUUUACCACUUCCCAAGAUGAAGAUCUCUCCUUCUCAACCACAGUUCCUUUUCAAAGGGGACAGCUUCGAAUUCCAGUGUCAAGCAGAGGAAAUUAAUACUCAUGGUAGUCCUGAUUCCUUGGGCUCAAUCAGAGUUGCUUGGAUUUGGAAAGGCCUUGAAGUCAUUUCCAACCCACAUGAUGGGACCAGUGUGACGUUCAAAUAUGAUGAUGAGGGCUUCUCUCAUUCCAGUACCUUGUAUAUAAAUCGUGUACAAGAUGAGCACGCAGGUGUCUGGCAGUGUUUGAUGAUGACUGAUCGAGGCAAUCACUCUGCUGCCUUGGAAAUUCUUGUCAUGUCUGAAUCCACAAAAUUCUGUCCUCAGUCAGGUUUUCCAUGGCUGGCAGUGCCUGCAGGAUCAAGUGAUUUUUGGAACAAUCUCACUCUCAGUGUUGCAAGUGCCUAUGACAGCGCUAUCCACCUCUUGAAUUAUACCCAGGAUGGUGGGGCACUUCAGGACAAAAUUGAUGUUGUGUUCAUUGCACAAACACUAGAGAAGUACCUGAGAUACAUCCCUGGAAACCUGGAGUCACACAAAGACCUUGUUUGGAAGCUGGCAAAGCAGCUUGUGGAUAUUGCAGCAGUAGUGCAGAAACUUCCUCAAGAGUUGAUUUAUGAAGCUCAAAAAGAAGAUGGUGCAGCUGCUCGCAUUCUCCAAGCCCUCAUCAGGAUCCUCUCAUUGCUCCCUGAUACUUAUUUCUCAUCUUCAUCUCUGAGUCUGGCUUCUGUGUCAAUGAGGCUGGACUCCUUCACUGGCCUCUUGUGUCUGCUGGUGCACUCAGAUGAAUUUUCUGAAGCCAAUCUCCGAUGCUAUUUGGAGCCAUUUGUCUCAUCACAGUCUGGUUCUGGGAAUUUAUCACUUCUUACUGUACCUCUGUCAUCUCUCUAUAUGCAGGUGGAGACAAGUGCAUCUCUCCGCAUUCCUGGUUCUGCCUUUGGCCAUUUGAAAGAUUUGGGUUUCCUCCAAUCUGCCCUUCAACAUGUGAGGAUCUUUGCAUUUACAUCAGGACAUCUCUUCCCAUUGAACUUCAUGGAACAAACCUUUCUCACUUCCAUCCUUGGGUGUCACCUUGGGACUUUGUUUAGUAGCAACUUGACAGACCCUAUUGUCAUUGAGUGGAAGAGUGAUAUUGGCAAAAACCUUCCCUCACAAUCCCUCCAUCCUGUGGUAUGGAACAUGGUGACAAAUGUUUGGGACCCAGCUGAUUCCAUAUGCACUGUAGAAAAAAGCCAUAGCUCAAUAUCUUUGCACUGCAAUAAAUGUGGCUUUUAUGCCAUCAUCACAGUGAAAGAGGAACUGGAUGCAAUUGUUGAAAUGGCAAGAGGUCCUGGAUUUAGACUCUUCCAUCCUCUGGUGUAUGUGGGUACAGCAGUGGCUGUCACAUGCCUUCUGGCUGCUGCCAUCAUCCAUGGAGUCUAUGCCAUCCAUCUCUCAAUUGGACGAAACCUGAGGCACAUACUUAUCAAUCUGUGGAUCACCAUUGCUCUGUUGCUCCUUGUGUUCAGGGUGUUGAAAAAGAGUGCAAGAGAAGAGGAAGAAAGGGAACCAGUUGUGAAGACUGAACCACCUGUCUCUCAUCCCUGUUCUUUGCAUCCUGAGGACAUGGGUGAAGCAUCCACUGAGCUGGGGGCAGAUGAUGAUGAUGAUGAGGAGCCUGGAGUGAUAAUUGUGAAGCCUAUUUCUCGGUUUUAUCUAUGUGGCUGGGGGGUUCCACUCAUAGUCGUUGGAAUCUCAGGAGCUGUUCAUUUCAAAGAUUAUGCCAGUCCCCUCUAUUGCUUCCUCCAGUGGCCUCAGAGUGCUUGGGCUGUGUUGCUACCUAUCAGUAUCCUCCUCUUUCUCACUUUCAUCUACUUCCUAAGUGCUAGGCUCACAAUUCACAAGAUAGAAGAGACAUCAGCCAGAUCCUCAUGGUGGCGAUUGCUUGUUCUUGCUCUCCUCUUUGUGUUCACAUGGAUGGCAGCUGCAUUGCUUGUCAUUGCCAGUGACCAAUCCUUUUUACCCUUUGUUGAUUCAUCGACUCAGGAAAUGAUAUUCACUGUGAUAUAUUGCCUGAUGUCCAAUGGCCUGGGACUCUUUGUUCUCUUCUUUUACUGCUUGCUAUCCACUGAAGUCCGAGCUGCAACUGUGAAGAGAAGCUUUUCUCCCUCCAGACUUUCUCUGCAUGAAGAAAAUGCCAAUGUUGAGAAGGUGGUAUCACAACCUAGCAAGCCACCCUCUUUGUGUUCACAGAGUCAGCCUGGGAUUCAACUUUGUUCAGGAUCAGUGCAUUCCAAUCAAAUGCACUCUACAGAAGAAGGUGGGGGAGGAAGUAAGUGCAAUGGCUCUUCUGUCAUCCCACAGGAUCUCCUCAUGGGCACAGAGGUAAUCCCACAGCCACGGUUCUAUGACCCUCAUCAGAGCAUCAUUGCCAAGAAGUUCUUCCAGAGACAACGGCGAAAGAAACAUCGAGGGCAGCUCCAUUCAUACCGUUCAGAUCUCAAUACCACUACUGAUGACAAAAGUAGUGACCAUUUCACAAGUGUGAGUGCUCAAGCUGCUUCCAAUCACCCACCACCUAUGCUGCGCUGGUCAGAGGAUGAGCGCGGUAGUGAUUUUAUCCGACCAGAUAGGAAGCAGGAGGAACCUUUCUAUGUCAAUCAACCAGCCAGAGAGCUACAACCUCUUUUACACAGCAUGAGUUCGAUCCCAGACUCUACAUAUGAUCGUGUAAUUGUUGGUCAGGAAGAUGAUGGCAGGCCUCCUCGGCCUCAAGUGAAGGCAGGAAUGAAUGAUUCCCUGGUUAUGCGUACGAAAAGCCUCCCUCAAGCUGCUUGGGCUCAAGACCCAUGCAUUUAUGAAUCUUUCUCUGAUGAGAAGGAUUCUGAAGAUGGUCUUUCAUCACACCGGUAUAGAAUCCGAAAGACUCUCCAAGCCUCAGAUGGCAGUGAUUUCUCCUUGAAUCGGAGGUCUCGAAAUCGAUCCCGUUCCCGAUCUCAUCGUCGAUCUCAAGAGAAAGUUUACCCUCAUGAAAACAAGCAAGGUAUGAGUGGGAGUGUAGGAACAGCUCUUGACCAUCCUAAGGCUCAUCGAAGAAGAAGACGCAAGGAACACAGCAGAGAUUUCUCUCAGAAACGUGAGACCUGUGUCUAAUAAUCUUUGGAGUUCAAAAAGUUGCCCACCAGAAUCUCAGUUUAUGUACCUUAUUUUGCUCCUGAGUUUUUUGUUAAUGUGAC